AUGACAUAUGAUGUUCAAAAAAAGAUUGACGAGGGUCUUCUAAAACUGUUUACCAAAGAUUUUCAGCCUUUUAAGGUAGUAGAAGAUGAAGGUUUCAAAAAUGUUGUUAAACUUUUAAAUCCAGCUUAUAAAAUACCUUAUCGUCACACGAUAUCCAAAGUUCACAUCCCUGUGCUAUACCAAAAAAAUUUAAAUGAGACAAAAGAGCUCUUAACCAAUGAAUCGUUGAGUAGCUGUUUAACGACAGAUUGUUGGACAUCUCGAAACAAUAUAGCAUUCAUAUCCAUAAAAUAUAAUUUUAUUGACACACAAUUUGUUUUAAGACCUGUAUUGUUGGGAUGCUAUGAGUUUUCUGAAAGCCAUUCAGGUCGUAAUUUAUGUAACACGAUUCAAGAAACUUUAGAUAAAUGGAACAUAGAUAAAAAAAAAAGAAUAAUUUUAGCAGUCUCAGAUAAUGCUAAUAAUAUCAAAUCUGCUUUGAAUUCAUUAAAAGUUAAGAGUUUGGGAUGUUUUGCUCAUACACUUAACUUAAUUGUUCAAGAUGCAUUUAAGUUACAGUUGUGUUUAAUUGACAAAAUAAAAUGUAUUGUCACUCACUUUCGAAAAAGUAGUAGAGCUAACCACAAACUCAAUAUGUAUCAAACAAGCAAUGGAUCUAAAGCACCCAAAAAAUUGAUGCAAGAUAUAAGUACAAGGUGGAACUCUACUUACUAUAUGUUAGAUCGUUUUGUUGAAUUGGAAGAUGCUAUUAGAGGUACUCUAGGGUUAUUAGAUAACCCUCCUCAAACACUCUCAGCAGAUGAAUGGAAAAUUACCAAAGAGCUUAUUCAAAUGCUACGUCCUUUUGAGGAAGCUACAAAGGCGGUAAGUGGUAGUAAGUAUAUGACCGCAUCUAUAAUUUUAGUAAUUUCUCAAGGUCUCAAAAAUGUUUGUGAGCAGAUGGCUAGGAAAAACUUUACUGUAGAGGUUAUAAAUGUUCUACAGCAGUUACUAAGUGGCAUGAAUCAUAGAGAUAGAUGGGGAGUUAUAGAAAAUAGUAAGACAUUGGUUAGGUGUACAUUCCUGGAUCCUCGAUUUUAA